GCAACAUUUGUUUACCAAUCCGCGAUGUGUAGUUCUUUUGUGUACAGUUGAUCUAACCAAACGCGCUCUUUCAAAACAUUCUCAUGGGGUAAAUCCCGAAGAAAGAAUUUAGUGGACUAAGAAAUCCCAUUUUAAAGCAUAGUAGAAGUCGUUUGGCUUUAUUUUGAAGCUUCCCAAGCUUACCUAAUUGGAGUAGUUUAGCUUAGCUCGCUAGCUAAAACACGUUAACGCAUUCCGAUUGCUUUGGCUUAACGCCACUUCUGAUUUGUAAAAUUUGUUUUAAGAAAAGAAUCGAUCGGUUAACAAACACGAGAGUGAUUACAUUUAAUUGUAUAAGACGCUUCUUGACUUGUCUUUAAAAUGUUACAAAUUACUACUAAGUGAACGCCAUCGCACUCCCAAACAUCCAAGACAAUGAGGAGAGGAAAUCCAGGUCAUGACGAACAACUGAAAAACAAAAGAAAAUGAGGUGUCCCGCAGACAUCACUGUAGAAGAUCUUCACCAUGAGAAGCACGAUGCCCUCCACAUUAAGCAGGAGUCUGAGAUGCCGUACAUCAAACAAAAGGCGGAGCCAGAGACUCCCUACAUUAAAGAAGAAGAACAGGAAGAUGAAAUCCCCCAGUUUCCAAUGGGUGUCAGUUUGAAGAGUGAAAAAGAUGAAGGCCCGAGCGAAGCUGCGAAACCUUCAAGCGACUGUUCCUUUCAACACCUGACGACAAAAGGAGAGGGACAAUCGCAACCGGACUUAGCUCCGCUUUCGGCCAGAGGCGACGUAAUGUCAUACUCUUCUGACUUCAACACUGAUGAGGAGGAUGUUGACUUUGACCAAAAUGUUUCAAAAUCCUCUAACAAGUCAUCAUUGAAAACAGAGACAAAAGAACGCUUGGUUGGGAAACGCUUUCCCUGUUCAGUUUGCGAGAAAAGAUUUUCUUUGAAGGCUUCUUUAGAAAGGCAUCAGCGGACACACACUGGAGAAAAGCCAUUUGUCUGCACAUGUUGUGGUAAAAGAUUCAACGAGAAAGGAAAUUUAAACAGACACACAAGCACACACACUGAAGAAAAGCUUUUUCCCUGCUCAGUUUGUCAAAAAAGAUUCCGUCUGAAGGGUGCUUUAAACAGACACGCAACAACACACACCGGAGAGAAACCAUUUGCCUGCUCACUUUGUGAGAAAAGAUUUUCUCAGAAGAAUAUUUUAGAAAGACACACGCAUACACACACUGGAGAAAAGCCUUUUGUCUGUACAUGUUGUGGUAAAAGAUUUAGCGAGAAGGGAAAUUUAAAGAAACACACAAGCACUCACACUGGAGAAAAGCCUUUUCCCUGUUCAGUUUGCGAGAAAAGAUUUUCAUCAAAGACUGAUUUAGAAAAGCAUCAGCGUACACACACUGGAGAAAAGCCUUUUGUCUGCACAUGUUGUGGUAAAAGAUUCACCCAGAAGGGAGAUUUAAACAAACACACACGCACACACACUGGAGAAAAGCCUUUUCCCUGCUCAGUUUGUCAUAAAAGAUUCAGUCAGAAGGGAACUUUAAUCAGACACGCAACAACACACACUGGAGGGAAACAGUUUACCUGCUCACUUUGUGGUAAAACAUUCGCUCAGAAAGGAUAUUUAGUAUCGCACGCAAGAAGCCACACUGGGGAAAUACCUUUGAAUUACAGUGUGUGACAAGAUAUUCACAUUCCUGCAACACAUUUACAGUACACGAAGCCUUUCAAUUUCCUUAUACUGUUUCCCUUGUGUCUCUCUUCAAAAUGUUAUUGAAACGAUUUUGCAAGUCCUUUUUUUUUUUGUGAUAACGUUAACUUUUGUUAUGUGAUGCACGCUUUUAUCUUGGCACAGGAAGCAUAGAGCAGGUAGUGCCCUUACUUGCAUGCCAUUAGUACAUGUACACACGAAGAAGAACAUAUUUUCUAACACGAAGAGCGAAUUUGGUCGCCGCGCAGCCAAGAGACAGGGGAAAGCCUGUCAGCCUGCGCUCAGAUUUCUUGCUUGUGACGCAUCCACGGAGGCAAGACGUGUAUGUAACGCUUUUGUACUGUUUAUUGUGCCUUUUCAAUUGUGGUCAAAUAUUUGGGGCGAGUGGGGCGAGUUGAUAUGAUUGUUUUUUGAUGAAGUGACGCUAACUGAUACAGCAAUAACAAUCCACACAAACGAUUAUCAUGUAUCAGCAGCUAGUUGUAAACACAAAUUUGAAUUGCUGUUAUUGAAGAUGAAACAGAUUUAAUUUCAUUUUUAUUUUAGUUUCAUUCUGCAAGUGUUGAUGUCAUGAGCAGCUGAAUAAAGUUAGCA